UUUCUUUUCUCUUUUUUUUUUAGCACAGUUUUUUUUUUCAUUUUCUACUUUUUUGGGAGGUUUCGGCGUUUUCUGAUUUUUUUGUGCGGCUUCUCUCUUCCAGCACGAUCCGGUCAAAGCACGUGAGAUUGGAUCCGACCCCGGAUGAGAUUGGAUACGACCCCAGAGCCGGCUUGAGAACCAGGACAAGGCGUGGAGAUAUAAACCACUGAAGGAUCCCCUUUUACACCCACCCAGUCCAACUUCUACGCUCGAUAUCGUUCGCGUCUGUAGUCACAAAUGACGCAGACUUUGAGUUGAGACGCGGCGGGGUCAACGGAUGUGACCGGGUCUGCUGAGCGUGGACGACGACGACAACCGCGAGAGGGAGAAUUUCGCUCGAGAGCGAGAGGAUUCUCAGCGCGAAAGACGACGAGUCGAGUCAAGGCUUCAAGAGGGGACGGCUAGAGGCCAGAUAUCGAGAGGACAACAGGACGAAGGGAGAGAGACCAUCAUAGCGACACGCGUUGCGCCGGCGCGACACGUCAUAGUCCAUGAUGGUCGGUUUGGCAUGCGUCGCCCCUUGAAUAUCUAGCGUGGCGGCGUCCGGUCGGCCGUCGAAAAUAUUAGGAUGGCGUUCCUCGAGAAAUUCGGUCAUUCGAGGACCAAAGAAGGGAGGUCGAUCGUGGAUGGAAUAUGCAGAAGCCAGGCUCCACAUUGCCUGUGGCUGGCGGGGUUGUUUUGAUGAAGGAAAGCAUGUUCCGCGGUCGAAUGGAGGAGGAUUAUAUCGCGGAGGGAUUCGAGAAAAGGCUCGGGUUUCGAUCCGCAAGAUUUCAGGGAUAAUAAAUAUCCCUAUCGCGGGAGGAAAGGUUUGGGCGGAUGAGGAUCGCCUGGAUGGUGAUUUUCAGGAUCAAGACAUGCCAGGUCAUGGCUAUGUGUCUGUCUUCGCCGGGGCGGGGUUGAGCAUUGCCAUCCAAUGGCCAACCACCAAAACAUUGGUGGCGCCCCGGCGGAGCGAAAAGGAACAAAAGGAUUCGGGAUGGAUUGGUGGAUAUAUUGGCUCGGAGGGUUGGAUAUGUGUAUCAGCCCCGAACGCCUCCUCAUCCACGGGCCGGAACCGAAGAGUCGGCGCUGCCCAGGAACGACGAGGGCGAUCCCAUCAUCAUCUCGACCUGUGGCCCUCUCCAGCUCCGUCAGCUGCUCUUGCAGCUCUGGGAUCGCCGCAUUGUCGUUUUGCAGGCGAUCAAUGUCGUCUCGCUGGAGGUCGUUGUCAUAUCGCAGGCGCUGAUUUUCAGCGGGCAGGCGGCCGUUCUCCUGGUAUAGGCGGUCAUUGUCGUGUUGUAGGAGUUUAUUGUUAUAUUGCUUGAGGUCAUUGUCAGCUUGCAGGUCAUCUCUUUGAUGCCGGGUAUCCUAACGCCUUUACGUCCCACGGUUACAGGCUCGCCUCCUUUUCAAGGGUUCUAACCGUCGAAAAGGAGACUCGCGUGUAAGCCCUUAUGGCGCCGUCUCAUCUCCUGUCUUCGGCACAGCCUCCACCCCGGGGGCCAACACCUCCGCUGCCAGCCCAUCGAAUAGCGGUUCCGGGCAGCCUCAACCCUCAGCUGAGAAUACGGUGUGCAAUACUCCCGAGCGCGCGGCGCCGAGUUUCGAGAGCGUGGCUGACGGCAUCACCGCGCCAGCCCUGAACGGGGUCGGAAAAGGAUUGGAACAUGGUCCGACAACGAUGUCCCUCAAUUGUGCGUGGUUGUGUGAUGCUGAUAAGGAUAAGGAUAAGUAGGUUAGAGAAUGCUGGGAAUGGUUAAGGCUGAUACCUUGGGAGGAUAAAGCGUACCAAUACACCAAUCUCGAUAUACUUGCUGCC